AUGUCAACCCCUCCAAAAUCCCUCUUCACCCAGAGCACCCUCACAACCCUAACCCACCUCACGCACCUCCUCCACCUCUUCCACCACCGCAACAAAAACCAACACCGCCACUCCCUCUGGUACAGGCACUUUUCCUCUUUCCGCAAACAGCUAAACACUCUCCACGCAUCCCUAACAACCCUGCACUCCACCCCGGAAACCCACCUAGCCCGCACACGGAAGAAGGCGCAAGACCGCGCUUUGAGGUCUUCCAUCUCCGCCCGUCUGGAUUUCUGGAGAGACGUCCUCGUUCCGAAGUGGGAGCAUGCUUUUGGGCAGCUGGUUGCUGAUUUAAGGUUUGCGGUGCUGGGGGUUGUGUUGAUUGCUGUGCUUGCGCAGGUUUGUGGGGCGGUUGGGAUUACGGGGGCGUAUGAGGCUAUGGCGGAGGGGGAGGUGGAGAGGGUUUUGGAGGAGUUUGGGAGGGAGUUCUGGGGGGAUGACGGUGCUGGUGGUGCUCGAGGGAGGAAUGGAGGGCGUGGUGGCGGGGAGGAUGUCGGGGAGGUUGUGAGGAGGGAUGAGGGCGGGGAUGUUGCUCAAGUGUCUACUCCGCCUGCGCCGGUUGUGAGGCCAGCUGUGGAGGAAGAAAGCAGAGACGACGAGCAGGUGGUGCCGAAGACAUCCACACGACCGCCACGCAAGAAACGCCGGAAAGGAGGAGACGCAAUCGACGACCUCUUCAGCGGCCUCGACUGA